GAAAGUAUUAUGUGGGAUGCACACGUGUGCUGGGUUGACUCAACACGUGUCAUCAUAUUAGAGUCACCCCCACGUGUGAUCAUGAGGUAGGCUGACUCAUCUUCCCAGCUUGGACUCCAUAACACGUUGCAUUUCUGCAACCAACACAUGUCCCUUCUCCGUUCUUCAAUUGCCUUUACUUUCUCUUUUUAAAUUCCGACAAAACCCCACCAUGAACCCAUCAAGAAAUUUUCUGUUUGAGAGUUUUGAUUUAGCGAAAAUGGCGUCGGAUCAAGUCGUUCGUGUAGAAACCACUACAUCUGAGCUAGAAGUUCCAGUGGAGAAAGACAGAGUCCCCAAAAUGACCAGUCACUUUGAGUCUCUGGCCGCAACUGGGAAACAGAGGGAAACCCAUGAGUUGGGGACUAAGUUCGAGUCUCUGGCUGAUAAAGUCAGAGACAUGGAUGUUUCUGCUGAGCAAAAGGACACAAUUGAGGAAGGAGUUGAUGAAGGAAAGAAAGAGCCUUAUUAUGCAGAUAAAUUUGAAGUGUGUGAUGAAGAAGACCAGAGAUGCAUAGAGGAGGCUAAGAGAAGAGGAGCAGAAACGGAAGGUGGAGGGAACGGGGAGAGGCAACAGCAACCUUCUUUAGAAGAGAUUUCGGAGCUUAGAGGAACUGCUCAGCAGAAAUCAAUGGAGGCUAUAAGGGCAGCAGAGGAGCGUUACAACAAGGCCAAAGAAGCUGCGAGUGACAAGCUUGGCUCUGCAGCUGAGUAUGCUAAAGAGAAGGGCUCCCAAGCAAAAGAUACUGUGGUUGAAGGUGCUGAAAGAGCUUCCCAGCAAGCUGCAGACAAGGGUGCCCAGGCUAAGAGUACUGUCCUUGAAGGUGCUCAAAAAGGCUCACAAUAUGCCAGAGAGAAAGGUACACAGGCAAAAGACACAGUCGUUGAAGGUGCUCAAAAGGGCUUAGAAUAUGCCACAGAGAAAGCUACUCAAGCAAAAGACAGAGUCUUUGAAGGUGCUCAAAGAGCUUCGGGGCAAGCGAAAGAGAAGGGAGCAGAGGCCAAGGAUACUGCCCUUGAAAGUGGCCAAAAGGCCACGCAGUAUGUCACAGACAAGGCUGCCGGAGCAAAAGACACUGUCGUUGAGAAGGGUGCCCAGGCUAAGGACACGGUCGUUGGAAAGGGUGUCCAGACUAAGGACACUAUCGUUGAAGGUGGUCAAAAAGCUUCACAAUACGCCACCGAGAAAGCUGCUCAAGCAAAAGACACAGUUCUUGGAGGUGCUCAAAGAGUUGCACAUCAAGUCACAGAGAAGGCUGCUCAGGCGAAAGACACUGUCCUAGAAGGUACCCAGAAAGCCAAGGAGACUACAACUGAGAAGGGUCAACAAGGUUACAAUGCCGCAAAGGAUACCAUUUUGAGCGCCAGAGACUACACCCUUCAAAAAGCAACAGCAGCGAAAGAUACUGCCGUCGACGUUAGCAAGAAAGUCACUGGUUACGUAGAGGAAAAGGCAAUGGGGGCCAAAGAUGUGACGGUGGAGAGUGGAAUAGGAGCGGCUGAGUAUGCGGGUAAAGUGGCUGAGGAUUUGAAGAACAAGGCUGCUGUGGCAGGUUGGACUGCCGCACAUUAUGCGACAGAGAAAAGCGUAGAAGGGACAAAGGCAGCAGGGACAGGGUUGAAGGGAGCAGCAGAGUAUGUGGGUGAGAAGGCUUCAGGGCUGGUGGGUAAGCCAUUGAGUGCUGCUAAGGAAGCUGUAGUUAGCAGCGGCGACAGCAUGAAGGAGUACACUGGUAGGAAGAAAGAAGAGGCAGAGAUAGCAACUAAGAGAUCAAGUGAACAAACACAGGAGGAAAGAGAGAGGCUUGAAAAGAAAGAGGUGAAGGCAGAAGAGGAAGGAGGAGGAGGAGGAGGAGGAGGAUCUAUACUCGGUGCUAUUGGGGAAACUAUAGUUGAAAUAGCUCAAUCAACGAAAGGACUUGUAUUGGGACAGGACUCAUCAGAAGCAGAGACCAAACAGGAGUGAGAUAUAAAAUUUUGAGUGUUUGAUGUGAGGAAAUGGGUGUUUUCUUCGUUUGUUUUUCUUUUUGGGCUUGGGGAGAGAGAGUAAAUAAGCUGGAAUUAUGUGUUGUAAUUUUAUUUGCCAUGUACUCUUGUCUCGUCGUGGGUGUUAUGAUCUACUGUAGAAUCAUGGGAUAGCUUUACCACAACUCGUCAAACUAGAGAGAAUAAAUGAAUCUGGAAUUCUUAAUAAAGAAGUCUACCAUAAACUUUUGGACUAUGUCUGAGCAAGGUAAUAUCAUUCAAAGUCAUUGAGUUC